AGCAUGAAAGGCGAGAGAAAAAAAGGGAGGGAAGCGGAAAUUCUGUGGUUCCAGGCUUGCAAACCAAUCCUCCAGAAAGAAUCGCUUAGAAAAAGUAAUGGGUUUGCUUCAAAGCCAACCGAAUCUCACUAGUUUCCUCGCCUCCUCAUACUCGCGUUCUUUCUUUUAUAUUCUCUGUGUGUAUGUCUAUCCAUCUGUAUUUCUUCUUUUAAUAAGUCUAUUAUAACUUUCAUGUUUGGAAAACGCAAGACUGGCAAGCAAGGAAAUUCACGUAACUGUCCAAGGGUUACAGCUCUAUUUAGAAAAAAAAAACCCCUCUCCUUCUCCCUCUCCCUCUCCCUUGACAACAUUCAUUACUACCUUUUUAGUACAAGAUUAACUCGAACUCUCCUACCUUGUUAGCUUUCCUUCUCAUCUCUCUCUCUCUCUCUCUCUCUGUUCUUCUGGGAUCAUUAAAUUAAUGAUGAUGGGUUCUCAAGAUCAAAAAAUGGGGUCUAAGGAACUCAAACAAAUCAUCAAAGGCAAGCGUACCAAGCGACCAAGGCCAUCUUUUCCGCUAACGUUAGCCAUGACAUCUUCUAGCUCAUCUAGCGCUGGAGAGAGUGGAGGUGAACGUGAUCAAAGAAUCUGCAACAACUCUUCAUCGUCUCCUGGUCCUAGCACCUCAUUUGAAUUCACGGAAAGGACUGGGGAGGAAGAAGACAUGGCCAAUUGUUUGAUUCUUUUGGCUCAAGGCAACCAAAACUGCAAAUUAGCCAAGCCUGUGGCUAUUGCUGCAGCAGCAACUACUACGUAUAUCAACAGGGAUGCUGGGUUAUAUGUUUACCAGUGCAAGACCUGUGACAGGCGUUUCCCUUCAUUUCAAGCGCUUGGUGGACAUAGAGCGAGUCACAAGAAACCAAAACCUGGUAACCUUGAUCAUGAAGACAAGAAAGUGUUGACGACGGUACAAAUGGCUCAUGAAGAGCAAAAUGGAAAUCGAAAUAACAUCAAUACGAGCACAACCCUUUCAUUGCAACUAGUAAAUGAUAGGGUUCUAUGUAGUCCUAAAGUGAAAUCUAAUAAGGUCCAUGAGUGCUCCGUAUGCGGUGCUGAGUUUUCAUCUGGCCAGGCUUUAGGUGGUCAUAUGAGACGGCAUAGGGCGUUUGCAGCUGCAACCACAACCACAACCACAACCACAGCAACGAAAACAACCAUGAGUUUGGGAAGAGUUAGUAGUCCUGAUCACGAGUCCCAAGAAUCCAAGAAACCAAGAAAUAGCCUACAACUAGAUCUUAAUCUUCCGGCACCUGAAGAUGAUCUCCUAGAAUCCAAGUUCCACUUUGCAUCCAAGGAACAAGUUCUUGUCCUCACAGCUUCUCCCUUGGUUGAUUGCCAUUACUAAUCCAAUUAAAAUGGAAAUUGUUCUCAUUUGGGAUUAUUUCACUCCAAAUUCAAUUUGGGCUUAUUAACUUCAUUUUCACU